AUGAAACUUGAAACUUGUAUAUAUUCUGGUUAUAAGAUCUAUCCAGGACAUGGAAAGAGACUUGUUCGUUCUGAUGGCAAAUUACAAAUUUUUCUAUCCAAGAAAUGUCAGCGGUCUUCUAAACUAAAACGUAAUCCUCGCGACGUUCCAUGGACAGUGCUAUAUCGUCGCAAACACAAGAAGGGAGUUCAUGGUGAAGAAAAUGUGCAGAAAAAACGAACGAAGAAAAUCGUUCAAGUUGCAUCUCGAGCAGUAGGUAAUGUAACUCUUGAAGCAAUUCUUGCGAAACGUAACCAAAAGCCUGAAUUUCGUCGCGUGCAGAGAGAACAAGCCAUUAAAGCUGCUAAAGAUGCUGCUCGUGCUUUAAAAAAUGAAAAAAAGGCGGCCAACAAAUUGUUAAAGGAUAAAAAAGCAGUGGCCCCAAAGAUGAAGGCUCCUAAACCAGCAAAAGUUCCUCAGCCACGAGUUGGCGGAAAGCGAUAA